GCCCCGUGCCAGUCCCGGACAAUGCACCAGGCUGACCACUACCCUCUACCUUCUUCUGCUCUAAACGGCUCGGCUGGGCAGGAGCCCCAGAGGCAGCUCGCAGAGGUGCUGGGCGAGGCGGACGGGCUGCGGCUGCUCACUGUCAUUGUGUCCAUGUUUGUCCUGGCGGCAGUGUGUAUCAUAGUGGCUGUCCACUUUGGGCCAAGACUCCACCAAGGUCAUGCCACUUUCCAAACAGAGCCACCUGCCCCACAGCGAGAGGAUGGCAUCUACCUCAUCCACUGGAGGCUGCUGGGCCCCCAGGACAGUCCCAAAGAAGCCCAUCAAGGACUUGCUGUCCUUGGCCCCAGCCCUGCUCCAGCCGGGCCCAGGCCCAGCGUGGAUGAAGUCACAUUUCUGUAG